GUCCUCUCACUAGGCCCAGAUGUCCUACCAGAGUACAAGCUCCAGACCCCCCGCAUCCAUAAAUGGACCAUCCUGCACUAUAGCCCCUUCAAGGCGGUGUGGGACUGGGUCAUCCUGCUCCUGGUCAUCUACACAGCCAUCUUCACCCCCUACUCAGCGGCCUUUCUCCUCAGUGACCAGGAGGAGGCGGCCAUGCAGACCUGUGGUUACUGCUCUCCACUGAACGUGGUGGACCUCAUAGUGGACAUCAUGUUCAUCGUUGACAUCGUCAUCAACUUCAGGACGACAUACGUCAACACCAACGAUGAGGUGGUCAGCCAGUCGCAGCGGAUUGCCGUGCACUACUUCAAAGGGUGGUUCCUCAUAGACAUGGUGGCGGCUAUCCCCUUUGACCUGCUCAUAUACCGCUCUGGAGAAGAGGUGAGGAGACCUGGGUGUAGUGGUUUUUAAUGCCCUAAAAGUCUCAUUGUUGUAACUAUCCAACUGCUGCUGCGAUCGUCUGUUUUAAGAGUCUCUGCAAUAUUUUCUUUCUACUUUCUUCUUUCUUAACUAAACUGACACAUAGUGAUAAUAAUCAAAAUAACUUGGUUGUAUGGCUGGGUGUUCUGCAUGUGUGAAUGACCUGUCUUGGACAACUUUCUUACCUGUACCCUUUAAGACAACAACCCUGAUUGGCCUGUUGAAGACUGCUCGGCUGCUGCGAUUGGUGCGCGUAGCUCGGAAGCUGGAUAGAUACUCUGAGUACGGAGCGGCUGUCCUCUUCCUCCUCAUGUGCACCUUUGCCCUCAUUGCUCAUUGGCUGGCCUGUAUCUGGUACGCAAUUGGUAACGUGGAGCGUGCAGGAGCAGCCCGGAUUGGCUGGUUGGACUCUCUGGGGGACCAUCUCGGAAAGCCCUACAAUCAGACUAUACCAGGGUCAGGUCCCUCCAUCAGGGACAAAUAUGUCACAGCACUCUACUUUACCUUCAGUAGUCUGACCAGCGUGGGCUUUGGGAACGUCUCCCCUAACACCAACUCUGAGAAGAUCUUCUCUAUUUGUGUAAUGCUCAUCGGCUGUAAGUCCCAAUUAUAAACCAGCAAUACACAAAUAAGUCUUGCUUAAUACACACGUUAUGCUUCUGUUAACACAUGAUUGGAAAUUUGACAACACAUGGAUGGGUAAUGUGCAAUGUAAGGAUUAUGUGUAUUGGACCAAUUGGACAGCCACAUCUUGUGCCCACUGUCCAAGGCAAUUCUUCCCCAGGGAAGAUUAUGUCAAUUUUAUUGCAUCUUAUUUAAUAAUAUAAAACACUACAUUUUGAUUACAGGCACAAAAUCUUCAUGUUUUUCUAGGAUUAUAAUAUUACAUGCUUAUUUUGGGGGGAAUAUGCUCAGUCCUCUCUAUUCUCUCUGUGUGUCUACAGCUCUCAUGUAUGCCAGCAUUUUUGGUAACGUGUCCGCCAUCAUCCAGCGGCUGUACUCCGGCACGGCUCGCUACCACACCCAGAUGCUGCGGGUUCGAGAGUUCAUCCGCUUCCACCAGAUCCCCAACCCACUGAGGCAGCGGCUGGAGGAGUACUUCCAACAUGCCUGGUCUUACACUAACGGCAUUGAUAUGAAUGCUGUGAGUCAUACACACACUUGUGCGAACACACACACGCAUACACACACAGCUACUUGUUUUGGUAAUGUAAGUGUGGCGAAAUGGACACAUUUAAGUAGGAAAAAGGCAACACACAGUGGUCGACACAAAGACAAACCAACUGAUGUGUCUCCACUCCUCUAUGUCGUCCAGGUGCUGAAGGGCUUCCCAGAGUGCUUACAGGCUGAUAUCUGCCUGCACCUCAACCGCACCCUGCUGCAGAACUGUAAGGCCUUCAAGGGCUCAACUAAGGGCUGCCUGCGGGCCCUGGCCAUGAGGUUUAAGACCACCCAUGCCCCGCCGGGCGACACCCUGGUCCAUGCCGGUGACGUCAUCUCAGCCCUCUACUUCAUCUCCCGUGGCUCCAUAGAGAUCCUGAGAGGGGAUGUGGUGGUGGCCAUCCUGGGUAGGAUAUCAUCUGAACUGCAUUUCCAUAUUGCACAAUAAAGAUUUCCUUGAUUUUAAUUGACUUGACUUGCAGUGGCUUUUAACCUGUACUGUAUAUUGUUGCAGAGGCUUUUAACCCAGUAUCUCUAAUCUCCUCCACUCCUUGAGAGAUGCCUCCAUAGCCCUCCGCAAUGUUUAGUCUAACAGCCUCAUCUAGUGGUUGCUAUGGGUUAGUCACAAGAAUAUGAGAGAGCACAUCCACUCAGAAACCUUGUAGAUCGCUUUAAAUUAACACAGAAAAAGUAAAUUAGAUAUUGAUUAAUAACACAUUGUCUCUGAAUAUCCACAAUAUCAGAAGCAUAUAAUGUAUCCAUUUUGAGCAUAUAUUAAAUAGAUAUGGUAUCAUCAAUGUAUCUUCUCCUGUGCAUCCAGUAAACAAUCUCUCCUUUCCCCCCUGCAGGUAAGAAUGACAUCUUUGGAGAGCCCAUUAACUUGUAUGCCCGUCCAGGGAAGUCCAAUGCAGAUGUGAGGGCUCUGACCUACUGUGACCUCAAUAAGAUCCACAGGGAGGACAUGCUGGAGGUGCUGGACAUGUAUCCUGAGUUCUCUGACUAUUUCUGGGGGAACCUGGAGAUCACGUUCAACCUUCGGGAUGUGAGUGGGCUUUUUGUUACAUAAUUUUGCCUCUAAUGCCUUGCUAAAAACAUCACAUUCAGGGGAAUUUACUGUCUCUUAUCUUUGAGUUUGAUUAUUAGAAUUCAAAUUAUUUAACUAAAUAAAUCAUUCUAUUUCUUCUCACUUUAAUAAUUUUUUCAGGCUGCCACGGUAGCUGGCUCAAUAAGCAGUGAGGACUCUGAUCAUUGUGGAGUCAGCUGUCGUAUUCGCAGACAAAAACUGUCCCUCAGUCGCAGCUUGGACAGAGGUGUGGUACCCUGUUAGUCAAGUACUCUGGGUAGCACAUGGCUAGAUUAGAUCAUGAUGUGUAAUUCAGUUUGAUUUUAGUAAAGCCAUUCAAUUUGCAUUAAUCACACUUGCUUCAAUUAGACAAGUCUGUUCUAUCCACUCUAUAGAUGCGUCCCAAAGUGCACCCUAUUCCCUAUAUAGUGCAUUACCCUAUGGGCCCUGGUCAGAAGGACAAACCCUAUUUCUGCAUUCUAUGCCUCUCCUCACAGAUGCAGGGAAGACCAAUCCAUCCCAGAGACAUGUCCGCAGGGCCAGAGGCCAGAGCUCCAGAGCCCAGGGAGAUGGGCAGAACACAGAGUCUGAGGGCCUGAUGAGCUCAGCCUAUUCUCCUUCCUACUCCAGUGAAGAUGAGGAGUCAGUGUUAACCAGCCCUGUACAACCAACUUCACUAGUGGGGAUCCCCCAUAGUCAGACCACCAUCCUCAAUAUCAGCAGUGCUGUGGAGGAUGAGAUGAACCAGAAGACUGGCAAUACCUGCAAUCCUCUCUCAGGUAGACCAUGCCUCCAUCAGCACUACUCUUUUUUAAACCUUUGUCUUUGUGUUAGAUCUCAGUGAUGUUCUUUUUCUCAAUUUGAUGCACCGCAAUAAUAGCCUAGCAUGCUGCUAUUCAUGUCAGUGCUGUUACAGGCUUUGGUUUUUCAAUUUAAUAUUUCAAGGUUGGACGUUAGCACGUGGGGCACACCGAUUGGUGUCACCUCGUUAGACAGUCUGUAUUACACGUGUGCUGAUUGGUCAUCUUGUUAGAGGGACACCGUUUCACCUGUGCUGGCCCACGGUACAAGGGAAAACAUCCACCUUGGCAAUAACACAGUGAAAUGUAGCUCAACCGAGCUACACGCUCUCACAACAAAACAAUCACUCACAAAGACAAGGGGAACAGAGGGAACACUUAUACACAUACUAAUUAGGGGAAUGACCACCAGGUGUGUGUGAUUGUCAAGACAUGACAAGUGGAGUGAUGAGAAUGGGAGCGGCAGUAGCUAGUACUACAGUGACGACGAACGCCGAAGCCUGCCCGAACCAGGAGGGGGGCAGCCUCGGCGGAAGUCGUGACAUUUAGUGGGCACUCAUGGUGGGUGUCUUAGGUUCCAGUUGUUGUUGCUAGUCAACUUUCAGUGGACUCCCCCAUGAGUGUCUUUCAGAACCCCUCCUAGAACCCCACCUGUUUCGUUUUGGUUAAAGUGAUUUUCUUUGUUAGUUCCCUUUGUUGUGAGCGACUGAGUUUGUCUUGUGGGAACGUAACAGUACAGUAUACUGAAUGUUUCUGAUAGAGAUUCUGUAUGAGCUGGACUAGCUGUCUGUCUUACCUCCCUUGUUCUCCCUCUCGAUCAGGGGCUUUCUCAGGCGUCUCCAACAUCUUCCGUUUCUGGGGGGAGAGCCACGAGCAGCAGCAGUAUCAGGAGGUGCCCUGCCACUGCCUCCCCUCCCCUCCUCCUCCCCCUCUCCGCGCCGUCCUGAGCAACAUUAGCCGACGGCAGUGCAGCGAGCUGGAGAACAGGCUGGACCUGCUGCAGAGACAGCUCAACAGGUCGGAGAAUGUUGGGUCAAUGUUGGGUGAACGCUUGGGUUGAUUUUUAUUCUUGCUUGUGUCCCAAAUGGCACACUAUUCCAUAUUUAGUGCACUACUUUUGACCAGAGGCCAUAGUGCAGUAAUUUGACCAGAGCCCUACAGUAUGUAGGGUUCCAUUUGGGAUGCAACCAAUGACUUCCCAAACCUUUGGUUUUGGGAGGCUGUCUCCCUUUAACUGAGGGAUAAUGAGAUUACCCAAAUAACCAUUUACUGUUGUGACCUAUGGAACUUUAGCUAUGGUUGUAGUCUGACUAUUCUACUGUGGUCCCUCAGGAUGGAGUCACGGAUGUCCACAGACAUCAGGGCCAUCAUGCAGCUGCUCCAGAGACAGAUGGUGCUGGUGCCCCCGGCCUACAGCACAGUGUCCUCCGUCCCUGAACCGUCCCCAUCCCUCACCCCGAGACCUGCAGACUCAGAGACCCUGGCCUCCCUCUCACAGGUACUGUAUGUAUAGCACAUUUUGCAACUGGGCACACCAUCCAAGCAAAUGGGGGGGGGGGGGUAUUCUGUCUGUAAUAAUGCCCUUUCGUGAGGAAACUCAUUCUAAUUGGUUGGGCCUGGCUCCCCAGUGGGUGGGCCUGGCUGCCAAGUAGGCGCACCCAUGGCUGCGUCAUUGCCCAGUCAUGUGAAAUCCAUAGAUUACGGCCUAAUUUAUUUCAAUUGACUGAUUUCCUUAAAUGAACUGUAACUCAGUAAAAUCUUUGAAAUUGUUGCAUGUUGCGUUUUUUAUUUUUGUUCAGUAUAGAUUUAACCUGGUUAUUGAUUUAGCACAGUUGAUUUACUGAUUUACUGACAUUCUUUGUCGAUCGUAAUGUCACAAAGUGCAGUUGAGGUCAUGUCAUCAGUUUGAUAGCAGCACAUUUGUUUGAGAGAAUUUGUUUUCGUGUGAAAGCAUUGGAUUAAAGAUAACAAUAGCAUUUGAAUGUUGGAUGGAAGUCCACUAAGCCCACUGGGUGGUCUGGUCUAACCCCCUCUGGAUUUAGGUAAUCAGCUAGUUAGGACCGUCAUCACUAGUCUGGAUCCAUAGGAAACAACUGCUCAGUCUGUCUUAUCUAGCCUACUGUAUAUCAACCAAUCAUCCCACUUUGACGUUUUACAUGUUCACUCUGAGAGGUUAUUCUGUAGUUGUGUACUGUAGAUCUGAUUCUUCUCACCUCUCACUCUUGUUCUCUACCUCAGUUCUUGGUCAACACAGAUUUUGACUACAGCCUUUCCAAGUCCUGUGAGUCUCUCCACAGUGCAGUGGAGCUAUGUCUUCUGGAGCCUACCCCAGUCCUGGAGCCAACCCCAGCCCUAGACACUCUCCCCGAGACUCAGCCUCUUGGCAACAGCAUCCACCCAGAUCAUCACGCCCUGGGCUUGUCCAUCCAUACAGAUCCUGAGCCCUUAAGCCUGGUCAACCAUGGGAACUUCUCAGAGUCCGGGCCAGGGACAGGAUUGGCCCAGUCAGACCCCUCGGAGGGCCGACGGAGGCUCUCGCUGCCAGGGAAACGCACAGCUCUGGACCUGGAGAGCCCCUGGGCUACUGCACACAGAUACAGCUCUGACCCUGGGAGUUAG